GUUUCCCCUUCAGGUGCACAGCCCGGGGAAUGUUUUGUCUGUGUUCGAGUGGAAGUCUCGUUUGACUUGGUACCACUCUUCGAUUUGUCUGGCCAGUGGAGAGGAGAACUUCCCUUCCAAGCUGAUUGGGUGAACUACUGGUGCUGUGUUGGGGGCCUGAAGUACUGAUGUGAAGAUUUCCUGGAUCGUUAACCCUUCCACAAGAGUGGAGCUGAUGAGGACUGCUCCUAGGCCAGUGAGGCUGGCAUCACAAGUCAACGUGAAUGGUCCUUUAUCCACAUCUGGAGAACCAAGGACUGGCGCAGUGGUGAGAGCUGUUUUGACAGAGUCAAAAGCUUCCUGACAAUAAGGCGUCCAAUCAAAGUGGACUCCUUUUCUGAGUAGGCGGUACAAGGGUGAAACCUUGCUGGCCAUAUGAGACAGGAUGUGUCCUAGGAAGGAAAUCUCCCUUUGGAACAACUCACACUUUUUGGCUUUGAGGAGGAACCCUCCAGCUCUGACUCUAUUAAGGAAGGCUUCCAGCCGUUGCAACAUUUGUUCAAAGUUGUCUCCAGCUAUGCAGACAUCAUCCAGGGGUACUGGACGUGCGUUUUGUUUGAUGGGUGGGUGGUCGCCGGUGUCUAUCCUGAAUUUCAUCCAUGGACAUCGACCAAAUGUGAAGUUGUCUGGUGCAAAUACAUCGUGGUGUCUGCGAAUGAGUUUUUCUACUUCUACCUUCUGUUCUGGUGGCAAGGCAGUGGCUUUGAUCAUGGCAUCUAAGUCUGCAGACCGUCAAGCUGGCGAUGACCGGUCUGGCUGUCAAGCUGGCGAUGAUCAGCCCCCUCCGCUCUUGCCUGAGACGUCACUGUGUGGCAUGUCGUUUCGGAGGUGA